AAGAAAGGGCAAUUUCGAGGAAGUGACGGACGACGCUCGUAAGACUGGUCAGAGGAAGUUUGCUUCGAUAAUGGUACCGUGCUGCUGAGCGAAACUUUUCCCCUCUUGAACGCCAGCGGAGUCGUGGAUCGGGACGGAAGGAUCCAGCAGGGCGGCCGGGGGGAAGCUUUUGUUUCCUCGCCACAUUUGCAGCAUUGAGGAAUAACUUGAGGCUGGGAGAAAGAAAGAGAGAGUCGCUGAGGAAUUUCAGUCCCUACAACCACCCCCCCCUCCCCUCCCCUCCUCUCCCUCUCUCUUCCCCCUUCUCUCCCCAGCGCCCAGUGACUUUAUUUUUCCCUGGGAUUAGCGAUGGGGAAGGAGCAGGAGCUUCUGGAUGCGGCGCGCACCGGGAACCUAGCCGCGGUGGAGAAGCUUUUAUCCGGGAAGCGACAAUCCGCAGGCGGAUCGUAUGGGAGCGCAGGAAGCGGCAACAGCGGAGGCAGCAGCAGCCACGGAAGUUCCUCCCAUCCGCUCUCCAGUCUGCUCAGCAUCUGGAGAGGCCCCAAUGUGAACUGUGUGGACAGCACUGGAUACACCCCUUUGCACCAUGCCGCCCUCAAUGGACACAGCGCUGUGGUGGAGGCACUGCUACGGAACGAGGCCUUGACCAACAUCGCUGACAACAAGGGCUGCUACCCGCUCCACCUGGCUGCGUGGAAGGGAGACGAGCACAUUGUGAAACUUCUGAUCCACCAAGGACGUUCUAACCCCCAAAUCAACGAGAAGAGCUCUGUAGACCAUAAAGAGUUCAAACGCUGUGGGCCCUUUGACCCCUAUAUUAAUGCCAAGAACAACGACAACGAGACACCACUGCACUGUGCCGCCCAGUAUGGCCACACCCAGGUGGUGCGCCUACUGCUAGAGGAAUUGACAGACCCCACCAUGAGGAACUACAAGUUCGAGACCCCCCUGGACCUGGCCGCGCUGUACGGCCGACUGGAGGUGGUCAAGCUACUGCUCAGCGCUCACCCCAACCUACUCAGCUGCAACACCAAGAAACACACACCCCUGCACCUGGCCUCUCGGAACGGACACCUGUCUGUGGUGGAGGUGCUGCUAGAUGCUGGCAUGGACAUCAACUAUGAGACAGAGAAAGGCAGUGCUCUCCACGAAGCUGCCUUGUUUGGGAAGACAGAUGUGGUACAGAAACUCCUCAGUGCAGGUAUCGAUGUAAAUAUUUUUGACCAAAAAGGUCUGACAGCGCUGAACACUGUCAAAGACAUGCCCUCCCAGAAAAGCAGAGAAAUCGCUGCCCUCAUUCUUGGGCAUAAGACUGGAAAGCCCCCCGACAUUGACCUUCCUCCUCCGCCCAUUCCUCCACCUCAAGAAAGUCCCUGCCCGAGGAAGAAGGGUAACCUGGACAAAGUGACGGAGCUCAUAUCAGGGCUGGCCCUAGGCCCCGAGGAGGAGAGCCCAUAUGAAGCUCUGUUUGAAGCCACUUCGUGCCACUCUUUAGACAGCCUCACCAGUGGCAAGUCCUCCGACAGGGACUCAGGACGGCCUGACAGUGAAGUUGGCAAGAAAGAUCGUAUUGUGCACCCAUCACAUGCUGCUCCAGGUCAUGAAGACGAGAUGAACUCAGAGGUCCUUUAUACAGGUAGCAGCGCAGAUGAAAGGAGAGAACCAGCAGAGGAACAGGAGGAUCACACGUACGAGUUGUUGCUGACCGCAGAAACCAAAGUCCCACCACCCAGUCUGGAGUCCCAGUCCAAUAAAGAUGAGAUUGCCACUACACAGUCUUCCAACAUUAUCCUACCUCAGCGCAAAUCCUCUGUACCUCCCAAUGACCUUACACCUCCAAGUAAGGCAAAAGACAGUCUGCACCCUCCUGCACGGAUGGUUCCACGAGCACCGGGAGAUAACUCCGAACCAAGCCAGGACCAGGAAGCAGGUGUCCCAGAGCAGUUCACUGGCCUUUUGCACGGAUCCUCUCCCAUCAUUGACUGCCGCGAGGACGCCUUCAGGCUUCCAAGUGUCCUGCCGCCCAACCAGGGCCAGCCAGAAACAAGGAAACCCACCAAAGCAAGAGAGGAGCCACCAUCCGCUUCGCGUUCUCCUAAUCGACCCAGCAUGGCCGCCAUCCUGACGGACUGUGAUCCAAAAGCGAUUUAUGCCACUGUGAACAAGGAGCCCAGGGACUCCGUGGCGGGGGCAGGAUCUGGUGUUAGGAUGCGCCCUCCUGGCGACCUGAAGCUGGCCCGUAGCCUCUCAAAGUCUGACUCUGACUUGCUGGUAUCGCCUCCCGGUGAGGAGGAAGGGGGCCUGGGAAACCGGAGUGAGUCUGUUUCUAACUGUAGCACCGGCAAGAAGAGGCUCGAGAAAUCUCCCUCCUUCACCUCAGAAUGGGACGAGACACAGAUGCCUUCUUCUUCUCCAAAACAAGGAGGAUCUAAUUCCACUGAGAGCAUUGAGAAGAUCAUGACUCUUAUUGGAGCUGGCAUUGAUUUCUCUAGAGAUCAGCACUAUGCUACACCAGCAGGUGCUGCAAGCCGCCUGCUGGAUCAGCCCGUGGGGGACUGGCUGGAGCACGUGGGGCUGCCGCAGUACGAGAGCAAACUGCUGCUGAACGGCUUUGACGACCUCCACUACAUGGGGAGCAACAUAAUGGAGGACCAAGACUUGAGAGAGAUUGGAAUCACAGAUCCGAGCCACAGAAAGAAGAUCCUGCAUGCAGCACGCUCCUUACCAAAGGUGAAAGCCCUGGGAUGUGACGGCAGCAGCUCCCUGUCCGCCUGGCUCGAGAAUCUGGGUCUGCACGAGUACCUGCCCAACUUCCUGGCCAGCGGCUACCGAAGCCUGGACUGUGUGAAAAACCUUUGGGAGCUGGAGAUCGUUAAUGUGCUUAAGAUUACAUUGCUGGGUCACAGGAAGCGCAUCAUAGCCUCCUUAGCCGAAAGGCCUUAUGAGGAGCCUCCUGUCAAACCACCUCGGUUGUCUCAGAUCAGGUAUCAGGACCUGCCAGGAUCCCAGACCUCGUGUCCUCUCAGUCACAUGGAGCCCUACACCGGCCACUCCAUGGACCCUCUACUGCCCACAGCAGAGCCGGGGAAGAAAAAAGCACCAGAAUCAGAUUAUGACAUGACCCAAAGAUAUCAAAGUGGAAAACAAAAGCCUCAGGAGCAAUAUGAAGAGAUUUAUCAGGAGCCUCGACUGACCUUGCGGCCACCGAGUCUAGCAGCGUAUGCGCCUGUCCAGAACUGGCACCACCAGCCUGAGAAACUCAUAUUUGAAUUCUGCGCCUAUGAAGCUAGUUAUCUUGGUUCUAUGCUCAUUAAAGAGCUGAGGGGCAUCGAAUCCACGCAAGAUGCUUGUGCCAAAAUGCGGAAGUCCACGGAAAAAAUGAGAAAAAUCCCAACCAUCGCUCUGUCGAUCACUUACAAGGGUGUGAAGUUCAUAGAUGCAGCGAACAAGAAUAUCAUUGCAGAACAUGAGAUCCGUAACAUAUCAUGUGCAGCCCAGGAUCCAGAGGACCUGUGUACGUUCGCCUACAUCACUAAAGACCUGCAGACCAGCCAUCAUUACUGCCAUGUCUUCAGCACAAUAGAUGUGAGCCUGACCUAUGAGAUUAUAUUGACGCUGGGCCAGGCGUUUGAGGUGGCCUAUCAGCUGGCUCUGCAGGCCCAGAGGACCAAACAGCAUCAAGGUCUCCUUGUGGGAAGCAGCUCAGACGUCAAUGAAACCAAGUCCAGUCGACCUUUGCCCAAACCGCGAGGGAGUGUUCGGAAGCCAGGGGGGGAUACACUGGAUCAAGAGGGGGAUUCACAGCCCCACACUGGUGCCACAUGGCUCGUGGAUCCAAAGGAAUCUAAACGCUCGAUCAGCACUAAGCGACGGCCACUGUGAAGCUUUUUCACUCUGAUAUUUCACCUCCUGACUUCUCUGAGCGCUGAGAAAACUCUGAGAUCCACCCACUGCACUCAUCCCAACGCGGAUGUUUCCGGAGGAAAACUGUGGAUCUGCUCUUCUAAUCCUAUGCAUCCGUUAGGCUUUAAUAGACUGUUCCUGUUUAUUGGGAAGCAAGUGUUAGGGAGUUGUGGGGUGCGGGGUGGGGGGGUCGGAGGGGUCUUAUAACAUGGUGAGGAGCUUGUUUGGGGAGAAUUUCUUUUAAGUAAGAAUACAUCAGACAGCAAAAAAGUCCAAAUUAAGGUGCCUUGCAGAAGUGUUAAUGUCCUAGGAAGUUUUUCACAUUUUGAUGUGUUGCAAAAACAAACUUCAGUGUGUUUUACUGUGCAUUUAUGACUGUGUCACAUUUAUUUGUCUUCUGACUUUAUAUUUUUCCCAUUUAAGCAUCAUUCUGUGGCAUUCCCACAGCAUGAUUCUGCCACCACCAUUUUAUGGUAGGAAUAGUGUGCUCAGGGUUAUGUGCAGUGUUUCUUUCCGCCACACAUGGUGUUUUGCAUGUAGACCAAAAGCAUCUUCUUUCACGUGUUUGCUGUGCCCCCAACAUUUCUUUUAGGUUUGUCAUGGCUUUCUUCUUCCCACUCUGCCAUGAAGAUCACAUUUGUGGAGUGCCCCAUUAAUAGUUAGUUUUGACAGAUUUUUCCACUGUGGAUCUCUCCAGCUCCUCCAGAGUUUCAGCUGGUCUCUAAGUCAGCUCUAACAGCUUCCCCGUACCUGCGGAAGAAAAACGUCCCUACAGCACAAUGCUGCUAUUCAAAUAAAAGCCUAUUAAAAGGCAUUGAGGAUUGGCGGUUUAAGAUGACAGCAUUUUAAAACUUGUGUAUAAAUACUUUUGCAAGGUACUGUACAUUUGGACUGUUUUGCUCAAAUGUUUCUAAUGAAAGCAAAAGGGUGCAAAACAGAUGUUUUUUUUUCUACAGUGAAAGUACAAUAACUAAGCACUUUUACCCAAUUUUUGUGUAAGAAUAACUGCAUUUCCUCUGUCCAGCUUUCUUUUCUUCUUUGCAUGACAAAUGCCUUCAAUGAUCAUCCUGUCUGCAUUGCCUUUCUGUAAUAUUGCCAAUGUCACCUGUUUAAUACAUCACUGCUGCUGUGAAAAGGAGUUAAACAUUACAAAAGGGGAGGGACAGUUUGUGUGUACAUGUGUUUGCUGUUGUUUUUCGUUCCGUUUUAAUCCUCUAAUUUUAUGUGCGUCUGCGUGUCCCCUCCUCCCUGUAGCUGAACGUUGCUGCGCUCCCAUUCAGUGAGGUGGGACGGGAAUGAACCUUGUUGCUUGAUUGGGAUCAGUGGGCUGUUUUUUUGUUUGUUUUUCGGUCGACAAGUGACCCGUGCAGCAGCUCACAUCAUCAGUCCGACCAUGCUUGCGGGACCCACACGGACCUGGAGACAUAGAUGAGGCCUCCUGCCCUUUCACCCACCCCUUUUCAUCUGACCUUUCAAACACACACCUUCCUGUCCAUCAGAGUGUGACAGUGUUUCUGUUCUCCAUGCAUUUGCCUGUAUGCGAGCUGUGGCCUCCUUCACAGAGACUUAGUGUUCACUGUUUCAGAAAACGUUCCUGCAUGCUCCAUCGCAGAAACCUGUAGCAAAAGGGGAAGUGGCAUAAAUAAGGAACAUUGACAUUUUUUACUUUAGAGAGACCUCACACUGUAGGCACAGACUACCCUUUGUGUCCAAAUAUUGGAGCUUCUCUCCAUAAUCAUCAGCCUAAUAUAAUCCUGCAUGGGAAGAACCUUGUAACCGACACUACAAAGACUAUCUCUCAGUGAAAUCCCACUUUUAGUUGAUUUGGUUCUUAUUUGGCUGGUUUUAUUCAUUUUAUGGGGCAGCUUGUGUCCUAAUGCUGGAACUGGAUCAUGACUGGCUCUCUUUUCUCUCUCCCUGCCCCAUUGUUCAGUUUAAUCCUAACAAGAUUAUUCACCAUAACCUGCCAUGCAGGCUGGUACGACUUUUUAAGCUGCAGAACAGAACAAUAGGGUACAACAUGUUUUCUACAGGUAACUCCCAGUACGAAGACUGUUAAUGGUACUGUUCAGUGCAUCAGUGUGAGUAUGGGUACUUAAGGUUGUAGAUGUAACUGUUGUAUACAUUGUACGUCAUUUGACAACACACUGGCAUGCCCUCUUUAGCACGCCGGUCUCGGCACCUUUAGCCAUCGGCCUGAUCCAGUACUGCUUUUGCACAUUGCCAAGGAUCUGGAGACAUUUUUUGGAACUAAUCUGAUGUGUUGAGAAUGAAAUUGUACAUGUUUCUAGAGCAGUCUGUAUUUUGAUACUUGAAUGAUUUUUGCUUUUAUAGUUAUCUAUCUAUAUAUAUAUAUAUAUAUAUAUAUAUAUAUAUAUAUAUGUGUGUGUAUGUAUGUAUGUAUGUACGUAUAUAAUUUUUGAUGUUUUUGUCAACGCAAAGGACUAUGUCUUAUAAAAUAAAACAUAUCGUGAAUAAAUACCCUGUGAUUUAAAAAGAAAAAAGGCUGAGAAAUUGACUCAGAGGGACCUCAAUUCAUAAAAGAUUGUAAAUAAUCUUGAGCUUCCAGUCUUUUUUAUAGUUAUUUUUCAUAAUUGUAAAACUAAUAAAUGUUGGGAUUAGAAUGA